AAAGAGGCGUGUUUUGUCUAGUGUUGUUAUGCAACGUUACAGUAGCUAUAUAACUCUACUUAAAAUAAUUAUCCAGCUAACUAGCUAGCUAUCUAAAGAUGUCGUUUUACAGAAGUGCCGUUUGGUUCGUUAAAGGACUUCAAGAAUACACAAAAAGCGGAUAUGAAGCAGCAGCUAAGCAGUUUAAUACUGGGGACCUGGACGUGAACCUGAGUGGCAGGUCUUUUGUAAUCACUGGGGCCAACAGCGGCAUUGGAAAAGCUACAGCCCAUGAAAUAGCCAAAAGAGGAGGGAUUGUCCACCUGGUGUGUCGUAACAAGGAACGGGCACAGGAGGCGAAAGAGGAGAUAGUGGAACAUAGUAAAAACCAGAAUGUCCAUGUUCACAUAGUUGACAUGUCUAGUGCAAGACAAGUGUGGGAGUUUGCAGAGAGCUUCUCAAAAAGCAACAGCAUUCAUGUACUGAUCAACAAUGCAGGGUGUAUGGUAAACCAGAAAGAGCUGACAGAGGAAGGUGUAGAGAAGAACUUUGCUACUAACACUCUCGGUACCUUCAUCCUAACCACAGCGUUGAUACCAGCCCUGAAACAGGCACAGGACCCACGAGUGAUCACAGUGUCUUCAGGGGGCAUGCUGGUCCAGAAGAUGAAUGUAGACGACCUGCAGUCUGAGAAGGGGACGUUCGACGGCACUAUGGCCUACGCUCAGAAUAAAAGACAACAGGUGAUACUGACCGAGAGAUGGGCGUCCCAGCAUAAAGAGAUCCACUUCUCAUCAAUGCACCCUGGCUGGGCUGAUACUCCAGCUGUCCAGUUGUCCAUGCCUGACUUCCAUGCUAAGAUGAAGAACAAGCUGCGUACGGAGUCCAUGGGGGCCGACACGGUGGUGUGGCUGGCCAUCUCAGCAGUGGCCUCCAACCAGCCAAGUGGACUCUUCUUCCAGGACCGAAUGGCGGUGCCCACACACCUUCCGCUGGCUUUAUCCAGGUCCUCUCCGGCCGAUGAGGAGAAGCUGCAGGCAAUACUGGAGCAGCUCGCACACAAGUUCAAACCUUGACCUCUCCUACAGCGGUCAAAAGGUUAUGAACAGACAGACCCUCCAGCCCACGUGUCCGUUGACAAACACUCCUCAUUAUAGAUAUGCACUGUAUAAAGCGGACAUAGCGGUAAUAUUUUUACAACCAUUUUCUAUCAAAGUGUAGCCACACAGAACAUUUUAAUGGCUCAUGUUUGGGCUAGAGGCCUUCACUGGUCGUUCUGAAAUGGACCUGCGGCUUUCCCAUCCAGACCUGAUAUGCAUAAAUUUCUCCCAAAAAAUAUAGAGGCCCGUUCCCGAAAGGACCCGUGGACAACUAGACCCGUUCCGUAUAGACCUGGUCCGAUCCAGACCCGGUCCGUUCCGAGUAAGACAAGCAGCAGAAAAGUCCAUUUUUAAGAUACUUUAUUAGCCGGAGCUGAUAAAAAGGGGAGGUAGAGAGAAGUGACGCUCUAGCAGGGGCCGUGCUGUGUGUGUGAGCGAGUGACAUGAGGAGGAAGGAG